AUGACAAAUAAAAUAACUGGUAACUCUGUUGAUAUAAAGAAACUAACUCUUAAUGAUGACGAUGAUGGAUGGGAUACUGAUCCAGAUUUUGUUAAUCAAAACAAUAUCGAUAAUUCGAAAUCAACACAAAAACAAGUAGGAUCAUCAGCGUUGGAAGCAGGUAAAGAUUUGGUUCAGAAAUCAGCACCAGUCGAUAAAGUACCAACUACAGCGUCAAAGGUGGUGAGUGAACCUAUACGUAAGAAUCCUGCGAUCUUUAGUGGUGGUGGUAUCGCAACAACACCAUCACCAAAACCAGUUGCUAAACCAGCGUCAAAGCCAUUCGGCGGCGCCGCCUACAAGAAGCCAGCUGCCACUGCCUUCAAGCCGUCGUCCGAACCAGAACCAGCUGCAGCUGCACCUGUAACAAGAGUAGUACCAACUCCAAAGGGUGCACCAGUAAAAUUCCCAUCGACUUCAGCAUCGUCUGCACCGGCACCAGUCAAAUUCACACCGGAACCAGUCGCCGUCUCCAAGCCACCAGUUGCCACCAAGCCAGCUCCACCAGCACCAAUCAAAUUCACUCCGGAACCAGCAGCUCCAGCACCAGUUCCAAUCAAAUCGAAACCAGCUCCACCACCUCCAGUAAAAUUCACUCCAGCUGCGCCAGAGCCAGUUGUUGCCGCGCCAGUCAAGAAGCCACCUCCACCUCCAAAGCGUGUUGUCGUUCCAGAACCAGAACCAGAGCCAGUCUACGAAGAACAACAAUACGAUCAACAGCAAUACGAUCAAUCUGGAUAUGAUCAAUCUGGAUACGAUCAAUCGGGAUACGAUCAAUCGGGAUACGAUCAGAAUCAACACUACGACGACCAAAACCAAUAUUACGACGACCAAUCUGGAUACGAUCAAAAUCAACACUACGACGAUCAAUCGGGAUACGACCAAUCGGGAUACGAUCAGAACCAACACUACGAUCAAUCGGGAUACGAUCAAAAUCAACACUACGACGAUCAAUCGGGAUACGAUCAUCAACAGGCAGCAGGUACUGGACAACAAGCAAAAGCAUUAUACGACUAUGAAGCAGCAGCAGAAGGUGAUCUAUCUUUCUAUGCUGGUGAUAUUAUUAAUAUUCACGACACCUCUGACGAAUCAGGUUGGUGGAUCGGUGAGUGUCAAGGAUUCACUGGUACUUUCCCUGCCAAUUUCGUACAAUUACUUUAA